CAAAAUUCUGGUCUUUUCCGCCAGCGUCCCCGUCAUCGUUGACCGCGCCGAGAGCCUUUUGCUAGGUCUCUAGCCCCCACCGCGCCCAUCGAGCUCAACGUCCUUGCCGACGAAGCCACUUUUCUUCUCCCUUCGACCGGACGUCUUCUUAGCCGAAGCACACCUUCAUUGACGGAGUCUCUUCUCGACGAGUCUUUUUCCUCGUCGACCCAAGCGUCCUUCUCGACCUCGACGAACUCCAAUCCAUAAUGCUUGGCCCCCUCCGCACCGCCGUUACUGGCACGUUCCGCACCGCGGUACAGGCGCGCGCGCUCCCUGCCGCCGGCGCGCGCACAAUGGCGAAGAAGGCCAAGCCGCCGCCCUCGCCUGCAGUGGACCCAACACCCGAGCAGCCACCCGCAUCCGAGCAGCCGCCACCUCCCUCGUCCGAUGCCCCGCCCCCACCUCCCACCGACACUCCCCCAUCCGACGCAGCCACACCCCCGACCGAGCCGCCUUCCAAGUCCUCCCUCCCCUCCCUCGACUUCUCGCCUGCGGAGGCUGGGGACGAGGUACCCGGCGGCCGCACGGGCGCCCGCUCCGCACGCGACGCGCCCUCCGCUUCUGAGCGCCGCCAGCAGGCAUACGCGCGCGUCCUCGGGGGCUUCCUGCUCGCCGGCCUGGGCUACAACGCGUGGUUCAUGGGACGCGAAUGGACCGAGGAGGAGCUGAAGGAACGCAAGCUGACCGCGGAGACGGCGCCGCAGGGCAGGUGGGAACGGACUAAGGCGCGCUACAUGGGCAUCUUCGACUACUUCACGAAGCCCGCAUGGACGGAGCUGCUGCCGCCACCGCACCCGCACCCCAUGUACCACCGGGACUACACGCUGAUCAUUGACCUUGACGACUUGCUCAUCAAGUCGAUGUGGGAUCGUCAACAUGGCUAUCGGACUGCAAAGCGGCCCGGUGUCGACUACUUCCUCGCGUACUUGUCCCAGUUCUACGAGAUUGUCCUCUUCACGACGCAGAACUCAUACACCGCGGAGCCCAUCUUAGAAAACCUCGACCGCUAUGGGAUGUACUUCACGUACAGGCUGUACCGCGAGUCGACCAGGUCGACGAGCGGCCACAUCGUCAAGGACUUAUCCUAUCUGAACCGCGACUUGUCGAAGGUUGUCGUGCUGGAGACUGAGCCGGACUACGUGUCGCUGCACCCGGAGAACGCGAUCAUCUUGCCCAAAGACCGUGGCCUGGUUGGCCUGAUUCCCUUCCUGGAAUCCCUCGCGAUCUACAAGGUCCCGGACGUUCGGCCGAUCCUGCAGGCGUACGCUGGCAAGGACAUCCCGAUUGAGUACGCCAAGAAGGAGGCUCUGGAGAAGCAGCGGCACAUCGAGGAGUGGAACAAGAACCCAAAGAGCAAGCCGCGGACGAACCCUGGCCUUGCCGCGCUCUUCGGGAUCGCGCCCCCGCCGCCGUCGACGGACGUGCCGCUUACGUAUCUGGAGCAGAAGCGGCGGGAGUACCAGCAAAAGUACCUGGAGGAGAAGGAGUGGCUGCAGAAGAACCGGGAGGAGCUGGAGAAGCUGCGCGAGCAGGACCGACAGGCGAUGAUGGGAGAGGUGCCGCAGAACCUGUGGGAGAUGAUGGACCGGAUGAAGGCGGGCGCGCCCCCUCCUGGGCAGGAGGGCCAGCAGCCGUCUGCGCCUUCGCAAAAGACACCAUAG